ACAGUAGUCUAGAGCACGUGGACCUUGUAGUUCGAUGGGAUGGCACGCCCCUGGAAUACCAUGACAGAUGAUUGGUGGAGUGGCUUUAUGAUGAACGCGCAUUUAUGGCACCGCGAGCGCACAGUCGGGCAAGGCACGGAGCAUCCUAUUGGAAAAGACACCACUGUCAGUGUCAAUGACAUUUUUAAUCCAAAGUGGUCAAAACAGUAUUUUCCAAGUUGCAGGGGAAGAAUUCACGUUGGAGUGCAAGUCUCCGAAGUCCAGGAUAUUGACAUCAAGCAUAGAGGCCGAUGCAGUAGUCAGUCGCCAUGGCCUCAGAUGCAAGUCACAUGUUGGAGGCGGCCUUGGAGCAAAUGGAUGACAUAAUUGCAGGCUCCAAGGCUGCAGCCGAGUACACCAAUGGCCUGUUUGAGCUGGGCUCCCCGGGCAGCGCGGGGCCCCUGCAGGUGCUGCAGCUGGUUGAGGACCUGCGGUUGGCCCUGGAGCUGCAGCCCAGAGAGGAGGAGAGGGACACGCUGAGGGCCCACGUCCCCAGCAGCACCGCUCACAUGCUCAUGGACUGGCUGGACAUGGACAGGUGCUCAGACAGGGGCUCGGUUAACCUCCGCUCCCCAGUGAACAAUGAGAGCUAUCAGGAGCGGCUGGUUCGCUUAGAGGGGGACAAAGAGUCUCUGGUGCUCCAGGUGAGCGUGCUCACAGACCAGGUGGAGGCCCAAGGAGAGAAGAUCCGAGACCUGGAGAGCUCUCUGGAGGAGCACUACCACAAACUCAACUCCACUGAGAAAAUGCUGCAGCAGGAGCUGCUGAGCCGGACCACAUUGGAGACCCAGAAACUGGAUCUGAUGGAUGAGGUUUCCUACCUGAAACUGAAGCUGGUCAGCAUGGACGAGGAACAGAACCACAACGACAGCAGCGAGGACCAGCAGAACAAAGCUGAGUGUGUGGUAAAUCUGAUUAGCGAGCUCCAGGAGCAGAUGUGUAGGUUUCAGGAGGAGAUCCAUACCCGGAUCAUGGAGAAACAGGCCAUGGAGGCCCAGGGGGAGGCCCAGGGGGAGUGUGGUGCCCGCGAGGCCUACGACCAGUGCCCCGAUGUGAGCUUGGGUGGCUCUGACGUAGAGGAGUUUUGCUGUCGCUGUGGAGGACAGAAUGGCUUCCUGCAAGAACUCCGGCUUCUCAAGAGUAAAGUGGAUGAGCUGGAGGGGGAGAAAUCGCAGUAUGAGAGAAAACUAAAGGCCACAAAGCUGUCUAUCUCUUACUCUCUCCAUGUGUGUUACCAGUCGCUCAUGACCAAGCUCUCUAGCCUGAAGCUCUCUGUAGAGCACACUCAGGUAGAGAAGCAGCACUGGGAGGAGCGAUGGCGGACCGCUCAGACGGAGAUAGCAGACCUACAGCAGAUACUGGCUUCCAAAGACUCUGAGAUCGAGGGCCUACAGAGCCAGUUAGUCUCCAGAGGCUCAAUGACCAAUGAGAACCCAGAGAGAGAGGAGGUGUAUAGGAGACAGCUGACAGACAAAUACCAAGAAUUCCAAAGGUUGAAAAUGGGGAUGGAGACUUUGUUAGCAACAAAUUAUGAGAAAGACCGUCACAUAGAGGAGCUGACUGUUCUCCUUGACCAGUACAGGAAGAUGAAGGAGGUGAUGGCCCUCACUCAAGUGUCCAGUGAGAAGCUCCUGGUUGGGAGCAGUGAGGAGGAACUGAGUUGGAGUCUGAAGAUGAGGGCUCUCACCCAUAAAGCUCAUUCAGACAUCAUCCGGUCAGAGAUGUCUUCUAGAGGAUCCUCUCCCCUGUUAGUGUCUCCCUCGUCCUUCCAGAAAGAGCUGGACUCCAGCUGCCGCAGUAUCCAGACCUCCCUGGAGACGUCGAUGGUGAUGGUCUCCCAGAGUGACGCUGGCUGCUUCUACAACGGAAAAUGGUCCCAACCACGGAUGCUUUCAAGUAGCCUGGAGGAGUUACAAAGCGGAUCGUUACCAAAGCAUGUAGUGGUGGGUCAACCAGUUGAACCGGUUUCAGAGAGUCAGCACAUGGAAAUGAACAAAUAUCAGACCCUACCAGGGAAGCUAUCUCGACCUGACAUGAAUGGGGAUCGAGAGCAGUACUUUACACCAGACCAGCUGUCCCCUGACGAUAGUGAGGACAGUGAGUUUAACCUAAACCGCUGCAGGAGUGCCAGUGCUCCAGCUUUAGCAGGAUCUUGUGGAAAGCGUGAUCUAUUUGAAAUGGGAAAGUCGGAGAGACUGGAUGAGUCCACACUGUCGGACUUGUCUCCCCUGUCGUCUGGAAUGGACUCAGGACAGCAGUCCCCUGUCUCUCCAGAGAACAAGAAGAACCACCGAGGCAUCAAGAAGCUCUGGGGGAAGAUAAGGAAGACCCAGUCUGGCAGCCUGCAGGGAGAGGACCUUGAGCCUGGAGAGUUUAAGAGGGGGGGACUGAGAGCCACCGCCGGCCCUCGCCUGGCCCAAGCCGGAGAGACAUUGACCUCUGUGCAGGAUCUGAAGACGCCCUUCUCCAAGUGGACUCCAGAGCAGGUGUGUUGCUGGCUAGAGGAGUAUGGGCUGGGCCAGUAUGUGAUUCUGGCCCGACACUGGGCCAACAGCGGGCAAACUCUCCUCUCUGCCUCACCACAGGAUUUAGAGAAGGAGAUGGGGAUUAAGAAUCCACUGCACAGAAAGAAGCUGCAGUUGGCCCUCAAGUCGUUCAGCACCAAACUGCCAGAGAAAUCCUCUGAACUGGAUCACAUCUGGGUCACACGUUGGCUUGAUGACAUUGGUUUACCUCAGUACAAGGAUCAGUUUAACGAGGGAAGGGUGGACGGCAGAAUGCUUCAGUACUUGACAGUGAACAACCUCUUGUUCCUGAAAGUGACCAGUCAGCUCCAUCACCUCAGUGUGAAGUGUGCUAUCCACGUCCUCCACGUCAACAAAUUCAACCCCAACUGCCUGAAGAGAAGACCUGGGGAUGAGAACAAGACUUCUCCCUCGGAGGUGGUUCAGUGGUCUAACCACAGGGUGAUGGAGUGGCUUCGCUCGGUGGACCUGGCGGAGUACGCUCCCAACCUGAGAGGCAGCGGGGUGCACGGGGGCCUUAUCAUUCUAGAGCCUCGUUUUAACUCAGACACCCUGGCCAUGCUGCUGAACAUCCCCCCUCAGAAGACCCUGCUGCGACGCCACCUGGCCACAAACUUCAACAUGCUGGUGGGCUCCCUGGCUCAGCAGGAGAAGAGGGAGUUCAUGGAGUCGUCGGGCUACGCUCCCCUCAGCACCACAGCCAAAGUCAGGCCAAAGAAGUUGGGCUUCUCAAACUUCGGCCACCUGAGGAAGAAGAGGUGUGACGACUCGACUGACUACAUCUGCCCCCUGGAGGCGGCCCAGGCCCAGGCUCAGCUCCAGGCGGUGGUGAACGGGGCCCACCGGCCCUACUCCGGCUUCAGGGGCCUCAGCCCCAUCCUGGACAGAGACCCAGACAGACGAGAGCAGAUGGCGGUGCCACAGGGGACCGUACUGCAGAUAGAAGCUCUUUCUGAGGGAAUAAACCAACUCACAUAUUUGCUAAGCCGAGACGAAGUUCUGAAGGAGAUGAGACGGGCUCAAACAGCACUUGUCUGAGAGGACACUACGCUGGCCACACUAACUAACGCACCCAAUCAACCAAGGGAAAACUCUGCCUGCCUCAUACCUCAACCUAACCUCAAUGCAGGAGGCUUUACCAGCAAUCUCAACUGGCCAUACCCCUUAUCUCAUCAUAAUACAGGACUAUAAUGAACACUUAUUUUGUAUUAGUGACAGAAACACAAUGAACGGUAAUGGAAUUCUGUUUUACAUGUGUCAUUGGUGUGUAGCUCUUCCCCAAACUAGAGUAAAUAGUAUGUUUUUUGGUGUCACUUGAGCAUUUAUUGACGUGCUUUUUCCCCUAUGCAAUCUACCCUGUAAUAUUGCCCACACUGUAUUAUUUUGUACUAUAUAUACUAAUUGUUUAGUUUAUGUUUUUUUAGAUUAGGGUCGUUCCACAAAAUUAGUCCCUUUUGGGUAGUGUAAUUUGGUACAAAAAAAGAUAUAUAUACAGUACCUUUCAAAAGUUUGGACACACCUACUCAUUCAUU